CGUGUUAAACAUGGCGCUGGCAAUGGAUCAGAGGGAGUCGAGGGUGAGUAGUCCUAGUGGACUAAAGGCUCGUUAUCUGGACAUCUGUGCAGAGGUGCAACAGGACGUCAACCCAUACAUUGAGAAUGUGGUACAACAGGUCGAAUCCUCUGCAGGGGCCCUUUAUGAGGGAUUCACAUUGACACUCAGUGGAAAUUCGCUGCUGUUCCCAGUGCAGAGACUGACAGAUGAUGACAUUGUGGUUCUGGUUCGUCUCCUGCAUCAAAGCUCCUUCAUCACAGGUCUUGAUUUAAGAUACAACAAUUUAUCCAACUGUGGAGCGGAAUUAAUUGCAAAAUUGCUUCUGGAAACCAAUACACUCAGCGAUCUCAACCUGAUGUGUAAUGACAUUGGCAGCAAUGGAGCAGAGUGGCUUGCCAAAGCCUUACAGCUGAACCGAUCAUUGAAGCAUUUGAGGAUGAAUGGGAAUAAAAUUGGCAAUAAAGGUGGAAUGCAUUUUGCGACAAUGCUGCAGCUCAACAAAACACUGGAGUCUCUGGACCUUGGCGACUGUGAUUUGGGAAUUCAAAGUCUGAUUGGAUUAGCAACAGUUCUAAACCAUAACAAAUCGCUCAAAGCCAUCAAUGUUGGGCGACCUUUGGUUUAUACCCUACAGGAAGAGAUGACUGUGCACAUGGCUAACAUGCUUCAAGUCAACCAAUCCCUACAGGAGCUGCACUUAACGAAAAUGGGAAUGAAAGACUUUGGUGUUCAGCAACUUUGUGAACAACUAGUUAAAAACAAGACUCUCCGGUUCCUUGAUCUCCGCUGUAACCAGAUCUCCUGCGAUGGAGCAAAGUUUUUGGCUGAGCUGCUGAAACACAAUACUCCCCUAAAGAUUCUGGAUUUGGCAUCAAACAGAAUUGGUGAUGAUGGACUGGUUUACAUAAGUGAGGCCCUUCGUUACCUGAACGACCAACUAAUAGCAUUGUCUGUGACCAGGAAUAGCAUCACUGGCAUUGGUUUGGUAGCUUUUGCAAAUACCUUGAAGUCCAACACUACCCUAAGGAAUGUCUACAUCUGGGGUAAUGACUUGGAUGAACCAGCCUGCUCUGAGUUUGCAAAUCUUUUAAAAGUUGGACGUCUGAAGCCAAACCAGACAGAUGUUAGUCCAUAUUGGAUUGAUGGACGGGUCUACCUGGCUGAGCUUGCUCAUGGGCUCCAGAUGUUCUAUUACUGGAUACCUCAGUAUGGAGAACAGGAUGAAGCAGCCUGUAAUGCCAGUAAAGUUCUACUGAUGGAGCCACAAUCUUCCAGUAGCCAGAUCAACACAGAAGACGUAAUAGAAACUUCCAGCACAGAAGGAGGCCAUUCAUCUGGUAGUACCUCUGCUGGUUCUUUGCAUCUGCUAACCAAUUGACCCCUCUACUUUAUUAUUCUGCAAAUGUUUUUUGUCUAAUAUUUGAAAAAGAAAAAAAUUCUGCAGAUGCUGGAAUCCGGAGCAGUACACAAAGUGCUGGAGGAAUUCCAUUCUUGUGUAUUUUUCAAAUAUUUAUCCAGUUCCCUUUUGAAAGUUCCUAUUGAAUCGUCUUCCACCAACCUGUCUGCACUCCCAGAUCAUCACACUGUCAUGUAAAGAAAGGAAUUCCAUUUUUUAAUGAUUAUCUUAAAUCAGGACGUCUGCCAGUGGAAAUUUGUCAUUUACCCUUAUCAAAACCCCGGUAAUUUUGAACACCUCCAGAAAGAACAACCAUAGCUCUGUAAAAUUGAAGUUUCACAUCUGUGCCUUUAUUUAUAAAGCCAAGGAUGCCUUAUUAAAAGCCUUUCAACUUGUCUCAUCACCUUCAAAGAUUCAUAUACAGUCAUUCUGAGAUCUUUAACCUCCA